AAAACUUACUAGCACCUCGUGCUGAGCAGACGCACGCUCUUGUCGUCCCUAGCUUACGAAUUCCCUUAUGAAGGGACUAAAUUUCAAACUGUCAAUGAACGUUAGAGGCUGUACUUAACGUGUUUUAUGGUGGUUCUCAAUUUUAGUUUACGUGGAAUAUUAUUGGAACCGUGUUGAUUAGCGGUGUUUUGUUUUGGCGAGAGGCAGUAAGUAGCGAAGGCUCGAUGUGUGUUGAAGCACUGUCAGUGAAGUCCCCUUCCCUGCUGCAGUAGGAUGGCUCCCACUGGCUCUUGAAGUUUAGUGUGACUUUACUCGUAUACGGUACCGGGAAAUGGGCAUAUAUGAGGCACGAUGGUGAGAAGGAACUGCCAGUGAACAGUGAGAGAGAUGAGAGAGUCUUGGAUGCACUUGACUCGUCGAAAGAUGUGCUGCACUUGUUGAUCUCAAAAAAUAAUAUCGCAGUCGUCAAAUCUCUCGUCGUCGUCGGGAGAUUUAUUUUUUUAUGGAAUAAGGCUGACCCCUGAAGAGGUUGGACUUGCUUUGGCAUCACUGUCGGCCCCUUUGCCUUUCGUCAAUUUAAUUCCCUAAAAUUGUCAAGAUGAGCAUUACUAUGUCAGAGGAAGAACGUAUGUCUCCUGACAUGGGGAGCGACAUGGAAUCUAUGUCCCUUCACACAUCUCAUUCCCCAUCCCCUGAGGAACCACGCGAUCUCAGCAUUAAGAGAAAGAUGCGACCUGUACCUCCACCCUUAGACCUUAGCAAAAGAACACUAGAACCUGAGGCAAUGAUCCCAGAGUUUGCUGCAAUCACUACAACCAGUCCGAAGUCACCACUUACACAGAAAAAUCUACCACUCAGGAAAAGAGCCCACAGUUGGUCAUUCCAGUUAGAGGCUCAGGCCUUACAACUACCGCAAGGGGCCACUCAUGGUGUCAUCAAAUCAACUUCUGAAGUGCGAGAACAGUCGACUGUCAUCCCUUCAUCUUCGUCAUCGUCGUCAUCAUCAUCACUUAGAAUUCCAGGUUUACCAACUCCACACACUCCUCACACUCCACAUCCACAUUCUGCAAUCCCAGUUAUUACCAGCCGAUUUCCCUUCAGCGAAGGAAAUUCCAAUGGCUCCUCUCUUGGGGCUGGAGGUAUGUCAGGAGAUUGUCAGGGCCCUUUGAAUCUCUCUACAGCCCCUAUAGGUGGUCUUCCCUCAUCUCUGCUAUCUCCAGCCCCUUCACAUCCAUCCACGUCAUCCCUCAAUUCCUCAAGAGAAGAACUGGAGAGUGAAGGUGGGAUGAUUGCCGACUGUCACGCUUCCUACUCCCACGUGCCGUCACCUCACAUGCCAUCUCCUCACCACGUGUCUCCCCACGUACCUUCUCCGCAUCUUCAAGGACCAAUGGGACCUCAAGGAAUAGGUGGUGGUGGUGGUUUAGGGCCUGCAGACAGAUUGGGUCCUGGUUCUUCACCUUGCCCAUCCUCUGUAUCGCCACAGCCCACGUCAGGUCAUCAGUGGCCAACCAAUGUUUGGUCAGUGUUCAUGUCUGGAGUACGGGUUCAUUUUGUCCUUGGUACAGGUGGUCAGGUGACUGGUGCCAGGUUAAGUGAAGAGCUCGGUCAGCUUGAACGUACACACCAGCAACGUUAUGCUCCUCACGGCUUACAUCUUAUGCGCAUUCUUCACGAGGGUCCAACUUCACAUAUACCAGGUUCUCCAAGUUAUUGUCAUCUUUAUUUUAGACCAGUCAUGGUUCAGCAAGAAGACAUAAUGGUGAUAACACCACCUGAUCAUCCUUUCUAUGUUCAUGGAAAAGGUUGGUGUAGUGUAUUUCCUGAGCGAGCAACAGAGAGAUACAGCCUGCCUUGCCAACAGCUUCAGGAAAGUGAUGUGUGUUUACCUCCUUAUCAUCCUGAAACUACUCAAACCCCAAUACCAGUAGUGACGCCAGACCUUGCUGAUGCAAUGAAAAGAUUUGAUUUUAAUGAUGAUCCAGUUGAAGGUGGUCCCGGCACAUAUUCAGCCCCCCCAAGUGCCACUUUUCCACCACACACACAGCGGACUGUCUUCCUGUCCCCGCCAGCCUCACCCUCCAAGAAAAACAGAGAUGGCAGAGGUACUGGAGCUUCUGGUAGUGGUGAGGGAGGUUUACGUGCCAGGCGACCUAUGAAUGGUUUCAUGCUUUUUGCUAAGCAUCAUCGACUUAAACUGAUCCAGCAAUAUCCUGGAAAAGACAACAGGGCAAUAUCAGUUUUAUUGGGAGCAAUGUGGAAAGCUUUGCCAGAGGAAGACCGAGAGUCAUUUAAUUCAGAAGCCAGAGCACAAGCAGAGGAGAGAAAGCGGAUUGAUCCUGAUUGCUGGAAAAGAAAGCGUUCCCAUUCCACAAGCUAAGAUAUGUUAGAUUAGGUCAUUUCAAUGAUCUUUUUAUAUGCAUUUAAUUUAUAUCUACUUUUGGAACCAAGGGAACAUUUGAAGCACAGCGUGUCUUCUUAUUCUCUAAAGACAACUGCGCAGUGGCUUUGUCAUGUAUUUACCUUGGAAAAGGUAGUUCGCUGGAGGGCAUCAUAAUCAACAUAGUAAUAUUUUGUGUAUCUGCCCUGGUAUUAAUCUGUCUUGCCUUUACAUGUCACAGAGAUUAAAAACAAUGGGAACUACAUGAGUACUAUUUUCAGUAGGUUUUUAAUGUAAAUAAAAUAUAUAUAUGAAUAUUCUUGCAUUGUUGAAUCUGAAGAAAGUGUUUUGCAAAGUGUCAAUAGUGAGAGUUCUGUUUACUUUAUGGGGUGGGCAGGUUAGGUGUGAAAAGUCCAAAAGCACAUUUUUUUGGCAGUAUAAAUGUGCAAUAAUGACUUGGAUUUUUUAAAGUAAACAGUAUAGCCACUUUUUCUGUAUAGUUAUUUAUGAGUGAUACUGCAACUGAAAUAUCAAGGAGAUCAAGUAUUAUCAUAUUUAUAUUUAGCUAAUAAGGUUUGAUCGAGUAUUCUCAGAUAAGGGUGAACGAUAUGCUGAAGGUUUUCAGCGGUUUGGAGGGAGAGUAGCAGUAUACAUUUGUGGUAUUUAUUUUUUCUCUCCUUUUUUCCCCAUAAAGUGUUUACCAUUUUCAAUCCAGUAUUGUAUAACCUUGUGUAAGAUUUAUAAAGGUGAAUUCAUGUUGGUUCUUUGCUCAGUUCAUAUUUUCAUAUUUUGUCAUGAACAUAACAAUAUUUGAAUGGUUAUCUCAUUGCAGUAUUUAUUAGUGUUUGUGUUCACUUUUCUUCAGUGAUGGUGUUCAGAUAGGCUUACUUUCUCACACAUGGCAACUCUCUUUAUAGGAUCAUCUUUUUAAAAGCAAUGAAAACUGCCCACAUGUUCAUUUUCAUUUCAUCAGAAAUUUGUGUUCGCAUAAAAGUAAAGUACAUGCCACUUGCAAGGUACAACUCGUACUGUAUGUUUUGUUGGAUAAAAUUCCUUUUGAUUAAAUUUGAUAUUCAUCUUUAAUAUUGUUUAGUUGAGUUAUUCCAAGUUUUAAUAAUAUUAGAUAGUGGAUUUUUCCUUCAAACUGGGUACAGGAUAGUCUUAAUGGUUCACUAAUCAAGAGUAAGAAGGGAAAUUGCAAUUUCCUUGCAAGAUAUUUAUUAGAUACACAUAAAUAUAUUCCCCACCACCAAAAUAGUGAUGUAUAAAUUUUCACCUAAAGGUAAAUUAAAAUUCUGUUUGUUUCAUGACGGUUUAAAGGGUCUUGAAUCUAAAAAUCUGUGAUAAUUUUUGUGUAAUUUUUCAAAGUGAAGAUAGUACCCUCAAACUUUUCUAUAAUUUAAUUCUAAAGCAGUACUGUACGGUACAUUAACAUUGUGCUGAGUAAAUGAGGAAACUUUCAUCAGCCAUAUCAUUUGGUACUGAAAGUUUUUGGAGCCUUACAAGUUUUUUAUUUAUGUAUUUAUUUAUUUAUUUAUAUAUUUAUCAUGUAAUGGCUCACCGUGCUGAGUUGUACUAAGCGAGUGGCUGUGAGUGAUUGGUUGCAGUCUUGCAUUGUUGCUGUUCUAAAACAAUUGGUUGUUCUUUGAUAAGACAAAACUUGCCUCUUCAUUGUACUUUGCACUUGAGGCAUUGAUUAUCCAUUCAAUUAUCAGAACAUAUGCCUUAUAUGAAUGUGAUAGUAGAAAUUGAGAUUUAAUGGCAGGUGUCUUGACAAUCGGUUAUUGAUCACUUAGUUUAAAUACACUGGCUUGACUUAUAGCUUUAUCUUCAACCAAAUUUAUCCCAGAUAAUUUUAGGAGUACUGUAAUUGGUUUGUUCAUGGAAAGUUGGGAACUUUUCCUAAUUAAGUGUUACAUAGUCCAAAGUAUUGUUAUUAAAGGUUUGCAAUAGAAGCUAUUUAAUAUCUGAUAACUAUAAGGAUCAAUAUAUAAUGUAUUGUAUAUUAAAAAGUGCCAUCACUCACCAAAUUACUUAAGUAAUUUGGUAUGAUGCUCGAUGGUGUUCUUUUUUGUUGAUGUUUGGAAGAAGAGUUGGGCCACACCCUGUAGAGAGAAUAUAGUUUCCUUUUUUAUCAUUGGCAGCUAUGUAGGCAUUCUUUAAUACAAUCCAGAGCUACCACCAUUGUGUCAUUCAGCAAUCACUGCCAGUAGCCAGGGGAAGAAACAGCUUACUAAGAUAGAGCUUGAAAUCCACUUAUAGUACACAAUUUCAUAAAUGGCUGGUAAAAGUGAAUAACCAUUAACAAUAUUUUACUUUGGAUUAACCCUUUAACGGGUUGAGAAUUUUGACUCGGUGGUAAGUUCUGUUGCCGUAUUGUAAAAUUUUGACUUGAUUAGCAUGCCUUUAGCUGUGUGAUUUGCGGUAAACCCUUAGCUGGGUUACCAUACCCCCUCCCCUCAAACAAAUAUUCUGCUCAUUUUGUUGCUUCCCUUCAUUAAUGAUUGGAUCAUAGGGUUGUAAUGAUUUUUGAAGAAAGGAUACGUACUUACUCCCUUUGAAUGUGUAUUCUCAUGCACUAUUGGUCAAAAGUUUUUAAUUUUAAUGAAUAUUACUUGCAUUCACAUAAUUGAACAAGAAUUUUGAAGCAUGUUUUUAGGACUUAUUGUAAUUUAAUCUGUAAAGUCUGCCAACUAAAAUGGCUUGCUUGUCCGCUGCCAAAGUAAUAAAAAAGAAACUAUAGGCUCCAGAUGUGGCUUGUCUUAUUGGCAAAGAGCAAGGGGAGGGGAGGGAUGGAAAUUGCAGCAAUAGUGUGAAUUGCAGAAUUGGGAUUAUAUGACCUGCUGCCUUGUGCUCGUGCGUUAUAUGUCUUUCAAAAGCACAAAUGAUGUGUAUAGAACAAGCUAUUUUUGUUCAGAACUUUAAAAAAGAUAUUCAACUAUUUUUCUACUCGUAGCUUGAAACUUCCCUUUUUCCUGCAACUGUGUUAACUGUAAAUUAGUAAUGUUAUGAAAGGACUCUUUUUGAAAUUUUACAGUUACAGUUGGUAACAGAUAUACAUACAGAGAAUCAUAUUAUGUUUUUUAUUGGAGAGAAAUUUAAAAAUAAUAGGUUAAGAAGUUAAAUUUGCUCAGAAAGAAGUAUUAGUGUGGUAGAUAAAAGCUAAGCUUAACCUUUAUGGAGCUCUAGCACUCUUUUUAUUAUCCUGCAGGCUGCCAAGUGACCCUCGGCAGCUGCAGCCGCAUGUCUUUCAUUCGUCUGUCCUUAAACCCCUGUCAGGAACACCAGGAGAGUAAAGUCCAGUUGAUGUAAUAUUGUAACUGCCACUCAGAACUGCUGUAGGAUUCCCAUGCUGGAGAGAUGGGUUACAUAUUUUCCAAUUUAUCAUGGCUUUGCCUUCAUCUGUUUCUUUUAUGAAUUUUUGAUUUCUUGAAAAUCCUGCAUGUUAGUCCAAGAGUUGCAGUUACGUUUUUCUCAGAAAUUGGACUAAGACAUUCUCACCAGUGACCGCACUGGUUGUUUGUUACUAUUAUUUAUGUCAUUAGUGCUUUUGUUUAUAUAUUUUUUAUUUAUUCAAAUUGGGAAGAUCUUUGAAGUCAUUUUCUGUGGCAAAAUUGUUACUGUGGUUGCGUGGUCUUGAUGCUAAUUGAGCAGUGUGGUACAUUGAGAAUGUUUUGUUAUUAUAAUUAUUAGUAUAGUUCACGUGAUCUCAGUGUAGAGGAUGGCUUGAUCCUGCGGCUGUAUACACAGAACUGCGGAUUACCAUUGUGUGUAUGUGACACCAUGGCAAAGUGUAGCUCAGGCAUAAAUGACGAUUUCUUUUAUGACUCAAAUUCUAGUUGCAUUAGCAAAGUUCAUUUGCAUUGCAUAAAUGUUGCCUAACCUGCAUUUGUCAUAGCUAUGUGGUAUGCUUUAAAUGUUUGAUAUCAUUUUUUUCCUACAGUAAACAAAAUCACAUUAAUUAAUUGAAUGUGGUUUUAUUGUUUAAGGUGACAAUCACACACUGCUAAGAGUUAUAUAUUUUUCUCAUUGUGAUUUAUUGUGAUUGUACUACAAAGGCUGGGAUAUGAGGAGGAGUUAAGGAAGGUGUCAAGUCCAAUUGUCCAUAGGAUGUAAGAAAACCCUCCCCACCCAGAUAGCACAACACUUUGUUUGGCUCCCUAAAAUGUCAGAGAAAGAAAUAUGAAUUCCUCAUGCUUCUUGAUGUACGAAAAACUGCUCUGGGUUCCAGUGGAGAACUGUGCACCAAGAAAUGUUCUGUAUAUAUGUUUCUUGUGGCUGGAGGACAUCUUGGUCUAGUAUAGCUUGGUUUUCUUCAACUGCUCAACCAACUUUGGCCAUUACUCCAACCAUAUAUGUAAUAAAUCCAACUUUGCUCCUGUGUUGUGAUAUGGGUUGGGGGUUGUCUGAUGUGAACAGGGCACGUACAGUGGAAUCCCAGCUGGCGUCAGGAGAUGGUUUGUGUCUGAUCUCACUAUUCUAGGCUAAGAAUGAAGACCUAAGUGAUAGCCAAUAUAUUCUGUUGUCUUCAGUGUAAUUAUUAUUAGUAAUAAUAAUAGUAUUAUUAUUUUGCUGUUUGAAUGUACAGGCAAAGUUUCCUGAUAAAUUUGUAUCGAUAGUGAGUGUACUUCUUAAGAGGUGUGAUCCCUACGAAUCAGUUGUGAUUUUCUACCUUUACUCUCACUAGAAUAGGGUGUUCAAUAUCAUCUAGGUUCUCUUGUGAUGCGAACAGGUGUAUAGCUGUGAUCUACAAAUAUUAUUAGAGGACUGACAGAAAAUCUUGUAUUUAGUGUCAGUAUUUUAUUUUUCCGAUAAUUAAAUUUUGUAAUUUUGAUUUUACAAUGUACUUGCAAUGGCUUAAUCAUGUGGUCAUUGUGCACCUGAUUCGUAGGGACCAAUACUUGUGGCAACUCAUGGCAUAUGAAUUGGAGUUCAUUAGGACUGUACCUUAUUGAAGUGCAUUUUGUAAAUAUUCUUUUAUGUGCAGUGAUCCUCUUGCUAUUUUGGAUUUUUUUAUACAUGCUAAUAAUACUUUGGCAUUUUGUAAUACCAACUAUUAGUAUGUUUAUUGGAACAUCGUAAUUUUUUAUUUAGAAAGUUAAACAAUUUUUUGACUACUGCCGCUUGAAUCAGGUUGGCGACGUACCACAGUUGCCAUAUUGUUUGUUUUUUACUUAGAACUUUGGAAAGACAUUUCUUUUGCAGCAUUAAAUGGGGAGCAGAGGCAAUGGCUUGGAUGUACAGCUUUGGAGCAGUUGAAGUUUCCAACAGCUGUAGUCUUUGCAGCCCAGUUCACCAAAUCUUAAUUGCUCUUGGUGAAUCCUUUAUCAUGGUAUAACUGUUUUGGUAUUUAAACACAAUCAUCUGUUUUCUAAAAGUGCACAAAGCUGUCUUGAACUACCAGGGUUUAAUUUAAGAACAAAGUUCUGUGAUUAGAGUGUGACCUGAAUCUUAAAAGACUAGAAGCAGUAGUAGUGGUUCGUAGGAGUGCACAAGUAAACACAAUAGGUUUUAUUAAAUACUUGGCAAACUAUAUCUUAAAAGCCAUAUUGUCAUUGUCUUCCAGUGUUUGUCAGGUUUUGUCAACCAGUUUAUAUGGUUCCUUCAGAAAAUAAAUAUCGUUGGUUUGUAAUAAAGAAAUACUUGCAGUUUACUGUAAACAAGUAAUCCAGGGCAAGUGAGGGUUUUAAAGCUUUCAUAAUGUAUCUGUUGGCCCAUGUCAUUACAGUAUUACAUGUCACUUUUCUUUUUCAAACCCAGCCUAAAUUGUUUGGAUGAUGGUUAUUUAUUUUAAUUUUUAAAACAUGUCAUUUUAUUUCUGGCUUCUCUAUAAAGUUGACAUUUAUCCUUGCUGUGUUUACAAGUAAUUGUUUAUAAAGUGUUUUUAUCAAGGAAAGUAAAAGUAGGGCUGCUUUAUAUUUGCAGUGAUUACUAGCUUUUGGGUUUUUGUUUUUGAAGAUCAAUGAUACUACUGUGUUUAGAUUUAAAUAAAAAAAGGCUUUAAAUGCCAGAUAUCAUCAAAAGGCAAAACUGGAAGUAAGUUCACAUCCCAGAAAAAUGGUGGUUUAACAUGUAUUAGGUAUAUGUAAAUUAGAUGAGCUUAAAUUGUACAGUUAUAUUGUUUAUACAAAGUCUGAAGCAGGCCCUAUGAGCUACUGUGAGAGCAUGUCCAACCACCUGUUUCAUUGGUGGUCAGUCUUGCUUCCUCUGAUGGGAUGCUGUAUAUUACCUAAGGCAAUGUACACCAAGAAUAUUAAGUAAAUCUGUUUUAGGUGUUGCAUGCAUGACAAUGUUUUACAUGGUAUUAAUUUGAAAGAUAUUUUGUAUAAAGAAAAUACUCCCUGUAUGAUGUCUUUUGUGUAACAAAUAAAAAAAUGAAUUUCA